GAGAAGAAGAGCGAGGGAGGCCCGCUCACAAUUUUGGCAUCAAAUUUGAAACAGGUGUAGUUUGAGCGCGCCUCAGCUUUAUUUCGUCCGCUCAGAAUUUCACGAUUCCCUCUCUAUCACUCCCAACUCUAGAGAUCUGUUCUUAAUUAUAGGGUUUCUUUCAAUCCUAGGGUUUUCAGCUUCGCUCUAUUCUAUUCCUUUUCCCAAUUCUUUCUACUCGCCACUGUUGAAGUACUUACUCGUUCCUCUUCAUGGCCACGGAAACCCUAGAGGAUAAGAAUCCCCUGCAGGAGCCUGAGGCCAAAGCCAAAGGAGAGAACAAAGUAGGGGAAGAAUCUAAAGAACCAGAGGAGAAGGGGCCUUCUGAGAAAGACGCUCCUAGAGAAGUUGGUAAUUCUCAAGACGAAAAUGUCGAGGAGAAAGACCCCGAAAGCAAGGAAGUAGAAGCCGAGGCUGAAGAUAACAAAGAAGGAAAUCCACAUGACCAGGCGGAGGCGGAGCAGAAAGCUGAGAAGGAUGUGGAUGGGGACAAUACAGGAGAGAAAGACGAGGAACAAGAGGACGAGAACCAUAAAGGGGAGACGGACGGGGAGCAGGAGGACGAGCGAGAACAGGAGGAAGACGAGGGGGACGAAGCUGACGCUGGCGAGAAGCCUAAGGCCAAAGGUCGUCCCAGGGGAAGUUCAAAGGUGGGCCAGAGUGAAUCCAAGAAGCAGAGAAAAGAAAAAACCAGUAAACAGGAUUCAGAGAAAAAGGAUCCUGCUACUCCAGCAAGUGACAGGCCCACUAGGGAGAGGAAAACAGUCGAGCGUUACUCUAUCCCGUCGCCUGGGAAGUUUGGCAGGUCUUCUGCUGGCAAAAGUUUGCUAAUUGAAAAGGGUCGCGGAACGCAGCUUAAGGACAUUCCCAAUGUGGCUUUCAAGUUGUCCAAGAGAAAACCUGAUGACAACCUGCAAAUACUUCAUAGUAUACUUUUUGGGAAGCGAGCAAAGGCUCAGACUUUAAAGAGGAAUAUUGGUCAGUUUUCUGGCUAUGUGUGGGUUGAAAAUGAGGAUAAACACAGAGCCAAGGUAAAGGAGAAGCUUGAUAAGUGUGUGAAAGAAAAGUUGGUGGAUUUCUGUGAUGUGCUUAAUAUUCCAAUAUCUAAGGGAAGUGUGAAGAAGGAGGAACUUUCUGCAAAGUUGUUGGAGUUCUUGGAGGCCCCUCAUGCUACAACUGAAGUUCUCCUUGCUGAUAAAGAGCAGAGAGGUAAAAAGAGAAAGAGUAAGGCAACACCAGGCAAAUCUUCUACAGAAGCAUCUAUUGAAACAUCUAGCAAGAAACAGAAACAGAGCUCACAAGUGGGGAAAAAGCGUAAACAAUCUUCUGAGGUUGAUGAGGAGGACGAUAAAGCUGAGCCUUCAGAUGCUAAAAAUGAUUCUCAGGAUGAUGAUGUUUCAGCUGCAAAUGAUGAAAGUGAUCAAGAGGAAAAUAAAUCAGAGGAAGAGGAAGAUAAACCCAAGGCUCAGAAGCAUCCUUCUAAAAAGGCUGGAGAUAAGAGUUCAGGUGGUAAAACUGAAGAUAGAACCACACCUGCAAAGAAGACAGCCACUGAAAAAGCUACCAAGAGCUCUGAAAAAGCUUCAAAAAAGUCAACUUCAAAGAAAUCUGCUACUGAACAUGGUAAUGCUUCUGCUACCCUUUCCAAGUCAAGGCAAUCUUCAUCCAAGAAGCAGAAAACUGCAAAGGAAAACCAGGAUUCUAAAGGGAAAACUGUAAGCAAAAAACAGACAGACAAGUCCUCAAGGGUCUCCAGUAAGAGUCAAGGUAAAAGUGGCAAGAAAGUCAAGACAGAGCCUAGUAGGGAGGAGAUGCAUGCGGUAGUUGUUGAUAUUCUGAAGGAGGUAGAUUUCAAUACGGCAACUUUAUCUGAUAUCCUUAGGCAACUUGGUACCCACUUUGGUCUGGAUUUAAUGCAUAGAAAAGCAGAGGUAAAGGAUAUAAUAACAGAGGUGAUUAAUAACAUGUCUGAUGAGGAAGAUGAAGAGGAAGCUGAUAAUGGUGGGGAUGACGAAGCAGAGAAAGAUGAUGAUGAUGAUGCUUGACUGAAUUGGCAAAUAAUCUGACCCUUGCAGAACUUAGAGGCAGGUGGGUCAUCCAAUCGAGUCUUCAUAAUUCUUCCAACUCUUUACGGAUCAUAAGCUACGGUAGAUAUUUGGUUGAGUUGUGACUUUUUUUUUUAAGAAAUGAAGGAUGCUUAGUUAGAUUUGUUUGUACCAUAGUAGAGUAGUCCCUUCUGUAGUGCUGAUGUGAGCUUAGAUUUAUUUAUAUUAAAAUAUCGAAUAGAUUGUUUAUUCGCCCCACCAAACAUUGCCUUGUAUUUUUGGCCACAGUAUUGCCUAGCAAUUUAGAUGAAUUUGUAAUGUUCAGAGUUAUAAAAUAAUCGACUUCCAUAUGACA